AUGUCAGCCAUUACGAAGUCUUUGAACGCACUAGCCCGCCACGGGGCACGGAAGCCGGCUCUCAAUCAGGCUCGUCCUCUGGCCACAGUCACCGACUACAAUGUCGCCAAGAUGGCCGCCACAAUGCCCCCAGGCCACAAGGCCAAGGUUGCACAGCUCGAGACCUUUACGUUGCCUGAGCGCGUCACCGGCAGCAAGGGUGAUCGCGCCAUGGGAAAAGCCCUCGUUGACGCUUGGCGCCGUGAUGGUAUCCUCCAGGUGUCCAUGAAUGACAAGCAACAAGCCAUCUUCGACGAGGCUACAGCCGCCAGCAAGGCUUUCUUCGCCAAGCCCCACGAGGAAAAGGCCGCGUGCGUAGACUCCCAAAGUUACUCCGGCUACAUCGCUUCCGGCGAGGAGAUCACCGAUGGCAUUGCCGACUACUCGGAGAUCUUCACUGUUACCAAGGACCUGGACAUGUCCGAGCCUCGCGUUCGCGCGAAGUGGCCUUGCCAUGGGCCUGCGCCUUGGCCCGACUAUGAUAUGAAGCAGCCCAUGACUACCUACAUGGACUACCUCGGCGAGAGCGGAGAGAAGCUGCUCCAGCUGGCGGAACUAGGUCUCAACGUCCCUGCCGGCUCCCUCACAAACCUGACUGAUGACGGCUGGCAUCAUAUGCGCAUCCUUAGGUUUCCCCCUACACACAACACGAACGGCAAGGGUAAGGCGGGCCGUGGCAUUGGCUCUCACACUGACUACGGUUUGUUGGUGAUUGCUGCGCAGGAUGAUGUUGGCGGACUUUUCAUUCGCCCUCCCUACGAUGGUGAGCAUUAUGCCAACUGGGAGAAGAGCUCGGCAGGCUUGAAGGAGGACGACGAGGGCUGGCACUACGUGCCUCCCGUUCCCAACGUCUUCACGGUCUUCCCCGGUGACAUCAUGCAAUACAUCACCAACUCCUACCUGCCCUCCACCCCUCACAAGGUCGGCUUGAACACCCGCGACCGCUUCGCCUUUGCCUACUUCCACGAGCCUAGCUUCCAGGCCGUCGCCAAGCCUCUCCCUGGCUACGACGUCGGCCAGUCUCCGCAGGAGGGCAUCCACUACGGCACCCACUUCACAAACAUGUUCUUGAGGAACUACCCGGAGAGGAUCACCACCAAGAGAAUGCAUGCCGAGAACCGUCUCGCCCUCUUGCAAAAGGAGGAGCUCCGAACCUUGGGCUCCAAGCCCCCCGGCGUGGACAGAGUUCUGCCAAGCGCUGGACAACAGACUCCGCACGCUUCUUUGUAA